AUGGCCAGCAAGCUCGCCCCCCUCUUCCGGUCGUGCGUCCGCGCCUCCGCGCGUGUCGCUGUCCGUCCCCAGACGAGCCGCGCCUUUUCCGUCUCAGCGACCCGACCGAGCGAUACACUCAGCGUGCACCGCAACACACCAGACAACAACCCCGAUAUCCCGUUCAAGUUCAGCGCCGAGAACGAAAAGGUCAUUGCCGAGAUCCUCAAGCGCUACCCUCCCCAGUACAAAAAGGCCGCUGUCAUGCCCAUUCUCGACAUUGGCCAGCGCCAGCACGGCUUCACCAGCAUCAGCGUCAUGAACGAGGUCGCGCGUCUGCUCGAGAUGCCCCCCAUGCGCGUCUACGAGGUCGCCUCCUUCUAUACCAUGUACAACCGCACGCCUGUCGGCAAGUUCUUUGUCCAGGCCUGCACGACUACCCCCUGCCAACUCGGCGGCUGCGGCUCUGAUGUCAUCGUCAAGGCCAUCAAGGAGCACCUGGGCAUCAAGCAGGGCGAGACCACCGCCGACGGUCUCUUCACCUUCAUCGAGGUCGAGUGCCUGGGCGCCUGCGUCAAUGCCCCCAUGAUUCAGAUCAACGACGACUACUACGAGGACCUGACACCCGAGACGGUCGUCAAGCUGCUCAAGGACCUCAAGGCGGGCGCGGCCUCGGGCAAGGUCCCGGCUGCCGGUCCCCUCAGCGGCCGCCAAACCUGCGAGAACAGCGCGGGCCAAACGAACCUGACGUCCGAGCCCUGGGGUAUCGAGACGACGCGAGCCGAUUUGUAA